UCCCUGACAUACCGGCACACGCUAGAAGUUCACUUGGUGCCUUGUUAGGUACCUGGUGGGUCAAGGAGCAGUCUUACACCCUUGUCUACAAGAACCACAAGAGCCCACUCGCCGCCGCCGGCCAACAGCACGUCUGACUGCAUCUCCCCAUUACAUAGGCUGCUUGGCACACCCACAGUAGCGCUGCGUUCCUGUUUUCCCGCCGUCACUCAACCCAGACAGCCCCGCGAGCUCUGCGAUCUGAGUAGGAAGCAUUGAGCACUGGCCGCCUGCCAUAUUUUCUAUAUCAUUUGCUGUCGCCUCGAUCCCCGGCGCCCAGAGGCCCCUUAGUCUCGUCUCUUAUCAACAAGCCGGCUCACUAGCCCCGAAUCUCAAAUUUUGCUUUUCAGCUCCCCGAGGACUGGAAGCUGUCUUAGACAAACAAACGGCUCUCGCUUCGCGGCUUAUUUAGGGGCGCUUCUAUCGAUCUUGGUACCCCUGGAACCAACACCGCGCCACCGGAAAUCGCAAAUUAGCCAUUCUAGGCCCACAACGGCCCUGGUCGCUGGUGACGCUUGGAGUGUUUGCGCGGGAACAAGAGCGUUCGGCCUUUUGCUGGGUGUUGGGGCUGCUGUGGUGGCAUCCCAUCUCCGAACGGAGCCACCCCUCCUGUUCUGUGGACGAAUACGGCCUCGCACCUGGCCCUUGCUGCGGGCCCUGCUGCGGGAUCCAGGAUUCGGCUUAAGCUUGGACUUGACAACUCCCCUUUCUUGUCGUGGGCUGUCACACACCCCCCUCGUUUGUAAACUCGGCAGCACAGCCCGGCCCAAUAGUCCAAUUGUGCAGACACAUCUCACCACACUAGCUCUGCUCCAACUUCAGCUGCUGGCCCGUUCCCCGCAAUUCUUUUUCCAUUGAUAUAUCACCACCCGACGCCGCCUGGCUCGUCGUCCUCCCGGCUCCACUCUUUCUUUUACCAGCCACGCGUAUCAGUCCGCCGUCCACCACCACGCCCGCUUCCUCCACCUCCGCACAUUUGUUGUCGCAAUAAUUCUGUUGUGCUUGGUAGACGAGCACACGGGCAACGGCAAUGUCGGUCUUUGGUUUGAUAAAGAAGGGCCGCCAGGCCGCCAAGGAACACAAGGCCACCGUCGCCGAGAAGCAGAAGGCCGAGGCUGUGAAGCCGACGUACAAGCAUGUGCCCACCCACGCCGCCGUCGAUGCACUGGCCAGUGCACCCUCGGGUUGGAGGCAAGAGGACCAGCCGCGCAUCGUCGAGCAGAACCGCAGGCGCAGCGCCAUGGCCCUGAGCGGGCACGGCUCAAUGGGCACCCCGCUCGGCCAGAACCCGGUGCACGCGGGCAUGCCGCGGGUCAACAGCGCCCUCUCGCACGUCUCGUACCCCUCCCAAAACGCAAACCCCAUGGUGGCGCUCCCGAGGACAUACAGCUACCACGGCGGCGUCAGCACCCCCUGGGGCGAGCGGCCUACCGAGGUAGUGUACUCUCAGCCCGACAUCCACCAGGGCAUCAUGAUGGCGACGCCGCGGGCUGCCAUCGGAAAGGGCAAGGCCGUUGAGAGGCCUGCCGCUGGCAGCCGGGCGUCCAGCAAAGCACCGUCCCCUGUCGGCAGCUCCGGCGACUCUGCAAGCUCCCAAGACGAGCUCGAAAUGAGACCGAGCCGGCAACACAGACCAAGCGGCAGCACGUCGUCGAUGACCUCCGAGGAUGCCAGGGCCGCCGGCCCGGUUCAUCGAUACCACCCGAGCCAGAGGCCUAGGAGGCCGUCGGACCCUCCGGCGCCGGUCAUGUCCCCGGCGGACCGCCACCACUCCUUUUCGAGCCCCGCAGACCGAUACCCGCCUACAUCCAUGGACCGAUACUUCCAGGCCCGAGCCGGCAACCAUAGGCCUCCUGUGACACCUGUUAUACGCCCAGGCAACGUAGCUGUCACCGCCGCCGCGGGCGCCCCGCCGGUCCCAUCUCUCCCCGUCAUGAACUUCGGCCCGUCCAUCGCGGGAACUCCAUAUUCCACACCAUCCUCUGCCUCUGCAGCACCCUCGUCCGCUACUGCCUCGGUAAGAAGCUCCAAGGCCGGUUCCUCUAACAGCCCCUCGUCGCCGGCCGCCCGUCCCGAGUCUCCAGUUUCUCUCGUGUCUCUGGCCGCUCCCACAUCGCCCGUAUCUCCUAUGACGGCCGCCUCUGUAUCUCGCCCACCUACCGCCGCGGCAGCUACUUCUUCUGUGGAGCUCAAGUUCGAUUUCAACUUUCCCAACACCACCGUUCCUCCUGCACCAUCUAGCCCGCCCAGGGUCCCUCCAGAGGCCGCCAUAACUCCCGCACCAGCCGCCAGAGUAUUCCAUCUCAAACAGGCGUCGCGGGCAUCACAGCACUCGGUCAGGAGAUUCGAAUUGGAGCCGCCCAGCUCCACUCCGGAGCCGGUUCGCUCUGUGCCGGCCCCGGUGUCUCCCCCGACCUCCAGCCGGAGCAUGCCCAGGUCGUCUGUCACGCCCAGCCAACUGCCCAUUGAUUUUGAUGAGCGCAGCCUUUCCUCUAUCCAGGAGACAGCUCCUACGGCAGAAGUAACGCCUGCCCCGCAGCGCACCAAGGGGAAACUGAGCAAAGCGGCCCAGGGCUCGAAGCCAGAAAAGAAAACUCGCUGGUCUUUCAGGAGCAAGCCCACGCCGGUUGCAAGCUGACAUACGUCACCUCGGGAACAAAAAAAAAUACACGAAAAACACGGGGAAAAAAAACAACUCUAUUUUCCUUUGUCUAAUCGAGGUGCAUCCCCGCGAUCCUCUUCCAUAAUGUUUUUUCUUCCUCAUGUCUUCUUGGAACGGACACAACAUAGCGGUGUCCACCUUCAAAUCACGCAAUUGUUUGCUACAAACAGCUUAGCACCUUGACAACCUUGCUAUCAUGUGGGUUGCUGGUCGCUUGGCGCACGGUCUUUUACUUAUCUCCAAGAUGGAUUCUUGGUCGAAACGCGGAGGCGGUUUUAGCGAGCCUCUUUUUUCUGCUUUCCCUUUGUCCGAUUGAGUCAUUUAGCGGCAGCCUGGAAAACUAACUAGGCCUGGAAGGCGUUGCAGCAUUUGAUUUUUGUUCUUCUUUCCUUUCCUCUGGAUCAACUGUAAUGGGCAUACGCUUUGGAUCACACGGUAUACUAGGAUAGAUAGUUGGGCAACAUGAGCCAUAAAUUUGCGCUUGCCCUGAAUCGACGCAGUCUUGUUGUCAUCUACAGCUGCUCUCUCGAUGGAACCACAUUGGCCUUUGGGGUCUGCCCA